AUUGUUUAGUGUUUUCGGCUUGGGAAGGAGAGAGAGAGAAUGGUCAUAUCAGUCUGUGUGAAGGGUCGGUCGACAAGGAUCGUGUCAGACUACAAAUGAUGAAACAUCGUGAACGGAACACUACACCGACUCAAAUUCCUAAACCCAACCGCGAGACCGACUCGAUGAUUAUGGCCACCGCUGACUCAGCAGUGAGAAGUUUAUCAGAAGUCGAAAAAUACCUUAACAGCCGGAACGAAAUGGCUGAAAGGAGCAGUGGCGAAGGGAACAGCCUGAACAUUCCGGAGUCAAUGUGUCGAGGCAGCUCGGAGAACAACCUAGAUCUAGAUCUGAGCGGCAUCCCAGACUCCCAACGCUACCUAGACUCCUCCCACCGCAGCUUAGACUCCUCCUACCGCUCCCUGCCCCCCGGACUCAACAGCCUGCAGCAGAAGAUCCUCCGGGUGACUGAAGAGUUGAAGAUUGAGCAGGAGGCUCGUGACGACAAUGUGGCUGAGUACCUGAAAUUGGUGAACAGUGCCGACAAGCAGCAGGUGGGACGCAUCAAGCAGGUGUUUGAGAAGAAGAACCAGAAGUCAGCCCACAGCAUCGCCAACAUGCAGAAGAAGCUGGAGCAGUAUCAUAAGAAGAUGAAGGACAGCAGUGAGAAGGACGCCAGCUCCAAACACCACAGCAGUCCCAAGGAGACCUCCAAGGACAGGCUGAGUCUCACCAACGUGAGCAGCGGUAGUGGACGACACCCCACGGACAAGAUCAAGACUGUAGGGCCUGGCGUCUCACUCUCACCGCCAUUCUUCUUCAGCAAGCCCCGGGACUUUGCCAACCUCCUCAGGAACAAGUUUGGCAGUGCCGACAACAUCGCCCACCUCAAGACCUCCCUGGACACGCCCAAUUCCUUCCGCUGUGAAGGCACUGGGCGGGCCCUGAGCGGCAGUGCCACCAUCGGGGAUGGGAAGACCGCGACCCCCGCCGCCACAACGACCCCCAAGUACACCAGCGACGACGAGUGUUCCUCUGGCACGUCCCUGUCUGCGGACAGCAACGGGAACACCUUGGCUCAUGGGGUUGGCCUGGGUCUAGAAGGGGGUUCGGGGGCUGCAGUGACUCCUGGACAGAGCCUGGAGGUUGGGGACGGCCAGGGGAGGCUUGACAUGACCAUGGAGGAGGUGAGGGAGAUCAGGGAGACCCAGGGGCAGCUGGAGGAGGACAUGGAGACACUCAGGACCCAGUUCAAGAAAGACUACGGUUUCAUCACCCAGACGCUACAGGAGGAAAGAUACAGGUAUGAGCGGUUGGAGGACCAGCUGAAUGACCUGACAGAGCUCCACCAGGCGGAAACAGCCGACCUGAAACAGGAGCUGGCAAGCAUCGAGGAGAGAGUAGCCUACCAGGCCUACGAGAGAGCCAGGGAUAUACAGGAAGCUCUAGAGUCGUGUCAGACGCGGGUCUCUAAACUAGAGCUCCAGCAGCAGCAACAACAAACUGUACAGCUCGAGUCCAGUGACGCCAGGGUGCUUCUGGGUAAGAGCAUCAACAUCAUGCUCGCCCUCGUCACCGUGAUCCUCGUGUGCGUCUCCACGGCCGCCAAGUUCGCCGCACCCCUCCUGAGGAGCCGACGCCACGUGAUGGGCACCUUCCUGGGCAUGUGUCUGCUGGCGCUAUUCUGGAGGAAUUGGGAGAAUUUUCAGCGUGCUGUGGAGAGUGUCCUGGUGUCAGCCUAAUGCUGUCCACAACCACACACAGCAACAAAUGAUCUCCGGGCGGAUCUCAGAGCGCAGAACAUCAAAAUAGUAUAUUUAUAAGUGAUUAGAACCUACAGUGGUGAGGUUCUACAGUAUAGCGUUGGUCCUGGUGCUGCCUGGUGGGGGAGAAUGGAUCUGUGAAAACAUGGUCACUGACUGGUUAAUCUCACCAGCCAGAAUAACACUGAAUAUCAAGUCAAUGUGAGGUGCAAGAACAGACAUCAUAACAACAGACGGCUGAGAAUGUUGUAAUCCUUGAUUAAUGCUGGUUCUCCCAAUGUUAAGUCAUAUCACGAGAGUCUACUUCCUGUUCACUCCUAAGAUUUCCAUUGGUCAGAAGAGGAUGAUGCAAUCCACAACGUCACACUGCAACAAAUGAUCUCCGGACUCAGUCAGAACUCCAUCAGAAUGGAGUAUUUGUAAGUGAUGAAGAUCAGAAGAAGUGGGAUCGAGCCUGAUGGUUUUAGACAAGGGGACUUGGGUUUAACCAUGGUUUCUAACUUACUGUUCAUUAUACAAUAGGAUCUCAAUCUCCCUUGUCUCUGAUGGGAUUGGUGGAUUGGUCACGGAACAUAAUCAUCAAGUCUGCACAGUUCUGUUGCCUCACUGUCGUCUCAUUGGUCGGAGAGGUUCAUCGGUCUUCAUGGACACACACACGCACGCACACACACAUCUUAUUUUAUUGUUUUUAAUGGUUGUGUCCCAUAAGGCACCCUAUUCCCUUUAUAGUGCACUACUUUUGACCAGAGCCCUAUGGGGCCUUUAGUGCACUACUUUAGACCAGAGCCCUAUGGGGCCUGUAGUGCACUACUUUAGACCAGAGCCCUAUGGGGCCUGUAGUGCACUACUUUAGACCAGAGCCCUAUGGGGCCUGUAGUGCACUAUAUAGCGAGGAUGCCAUUUGUGAUGUACCCUGUGGACUCUGUUUCAUGUCUUACAGACAGACUUUCCUCAUUUCUUCCUUAUUGCCUGCAGUCACACGUUUGUCAUCUUUUAAAACUGACUUGGUUUGUUUACUUCUUUUAUUGGAUACAUUUUAAAAGUGCAAUAUGUUGUUUGAUACAUGUUUUUUUUUAUGACUUUGUUGUUGUUUUUAUUUAGAAAAUAAUUUAUAGAGAAGUGAGGAGGUGCUGUCUGGGGGUGGGGUGAGGAGGGGGGCACAUAUAUGGUUGCCUGAUGAAUCCUUACCCACUAAGGCUUUGUGAUAAGACUUCUGCCUGAGACAAAAUCAAUCCGAUGGUGUUAUCAGUUUGUAUUCCCACCAGGUUAUCGCUCGAUAAAACAUCAAGACAAUAUACAGACAUGUGAACGGUGUCACUUCUUCAGUCUCUUACAAAACUCAAAUAUCUCACGGGAUUUUAUUUAUGCGCCUUUUACAGAAUUCCAAUAGUAAUAAAUCAUUUGAAUAGCUGAGAAGAGUGGACAGUCUACAACACUGUGAUAUCAGGGUUAUUUUACCAUCUUGUGAUAGUUGGGUCGUUCCACCGAUUCAGUGACUUCUGAGAAGUGUCAUUUUGUUAAAAAAACAAAACAAAAAAACUGAUUUCAACAAAUGUUUACAUUCUGUCAUAAAGAGCAUCUGUUCAACUUAAUAAAAAACAAACAUGUUUUACCAUC